AACACAUGUCAAUUUUUUACUUUUAGAGAGACAGGGUCUGCUAUAUAUACCAGGGUGGUUUUGAACUCCUGGCCUCAAGCUAUCAUCCCACCUUCUCAGCCUCCCAAAGUUCUGGGAUUACAGACAAAAGCCACUGCACCCAGCCUGUGUUUUUAUUUAACUCAAUUAAUGACAGAAUCAGUGAGAUGUUACAACUGGUUCAAAGGAAAAUUCAGAGUAGAAACGUAUUUAACACAUCAGCAAUGUGGAAUUUAACUUGCUUAAAUAGAUGUACAAGAACAAUCUGCAUUCCUAUCAGUUAUCUACAACUUACAGAGUCUUAAAAUAGCUCAAAGGGAGGGAGCCCCAUAGAAUCAGAAAACCUGGAAGAGUAUGAGAGACAACCCCAUUGAAUUUACUUAUUGUGGGUCCACUUUAAAGUCUUUCACAAUUUUCCCUUACAAAAUAAACUUUAUUCAUUGCAGUUGAUUGCUAUACGUCUUAAGUUUCUUUUAUUCUAGAGAUGCCCCCUCCAUCUCUUUUUUUUUCUUUGUCACUGUCCAAUAACUGAUCAUUUGUCCUUGAAUCUCACCAUCCGGAUUUGCUUGUUGUGCCCCCAUGCUGUCUCUAACAUAUUCCUCUGUUUCUGUGUUUCCUUCUGGAUUCCCAGUCCAGAUUUGUGGACUCUUCAGGCUCUCCCUGUUCUGGGCUCUGUUCCUAUGUCCCACACCCCAGAUCUGCAGUCUUGGGCAAAUUCAGGCACUCCUUGCCUCACCUGGGCGGCUGACUGCAGCAGACUGCGUCUCUGUUCCCCUCCCAAGUCUGUGGAUCCCAGGCUCUACUGUGUUAAAGUCAGAGGGCUGACACUCCGGCCUUGGUGGUUGUGAGGAAGCUACUAGUCCACCCCUCAUACCAUGGGACCACUACCAGCGAGGAUGUUGCCCUGAUGCAGCUGGACUCCCCCUUGCAGGCCUCUGAUUUUUCCAGAAAACUGUGUCAGGGGGUACACACUAGUUGACUGUCUCCUAGUGAUGGAAGCAGCUGUUGAGGAUUAUUCCCUAGACCAAUUAGUCCAUUAGAUUGCAACAUGGUGAUAUUCCUGUUCCAUUUAUUAGCAGAAAUUCCUCCAUAAAGAGAAACCUUUCAUCAUCUAUUUAUUUUUGUUGCCUUUCAUUCUAUUUUUAAAAAUGUUUAUGUUUUUUGCAUCUAAUUAUCCUCAAAAUAAUGAACUAUUUCCUUAGCAUACUCCAAAAAUGAUAAAGGUCUUUUUUGUAAUAUUAUGAACUCAUGGAUUUCUUUCUCUCUUUCUUUCUUUUUUUUGAGAUGGAGUCUCAUUCUGUCACCCAGGCUGGAGUGUAGUGACGCGAUCUCGGCUCACUGCAGCCUCUGCCUCUGGGUUAACGUGAUUCUCCUGCCUCAGCCUCCUGAGUAGCUGGGAUCACAGGUGCCACCACCACGCCCAGCUAAUUUUUGUAUUUUUAGUAUAGACGGGGUGUCGCCAUGUUGGCCAGGCUGGUCUCGAACUCCUGACCUCAGGUGAUCCGUCCGCAUAGGCCUCUCACAGUGCUGGGAUCACAGGCGUGAGCCACCGCACCCGGCCUUAUUUCAUGUAUUUAAAUCACUCCAAGUUAUUGCCCAUAGUGAUGCUCCAAGUGUCCCAUCGUCAGUGGGAACGUCUUUUGGUUGGCUCCUGAGAGGGACCACUCAUUUUCCAGACCCUCUAGGACCUGAGGCCAGGCUGAGACGAUGCUCACAGGACUCGCAUACUGACUGGAACCGCGCCCGAUCGCACAGGAAGUCCGCCGGAAACCCUCUUGGAGCCCACCGGAAGUUUAGCGAACCACCCUCAACUUCCGGAAGAGCGCAGGAAGUUUGCCAGAAAACCGCCGGAAACGGACAGAAAGGAGUCCCUGCGACCGCGUAGCCUCCUGCAGCGCCCCCUGUUGGCAGAGUCGUAGUGAGGCCGAGAUGAGGUCCGCGACGUGGCUGCGUGAGCAUCGCGGCUGCCUGUGGAUGGGUGGGCGUGGGGCUGAGAGGAGACGACAGUGGGGAGCUUCCUCAGCGAUCCUGGGCUUCUCGGGUCAGGCCGACUUCAGUCCGGGCUGGAGGCCAUGCACAACACCAAGCGUAUGGCGGGGUCCUCAGCUGCCUCGGGACUGGCUCCGCCUCUGCUCCUGGUCCUGGGAUGGGGGCCAAAGGUUUUGGGCAGUGGCAGCAGCAGGAGGAAGUAGCACCCGGAAAACCUGUCUCCUGAGUCGACCCUUCCUGUCUGGGGGGCUGAACCCUGGCUGUCUUUGUUCCCAUAGCAACGAAUAGGGCUCCCCUAGGUUCCAGCCCCUUAGAUACGGUGUGCCCCAGGAGGGCUCUGAAGGAGCUACAGGUCCUUGUGAGGGCUCCAGCGUGAUUGCCACUGUUUAAUGACCUGCCACCCCCGCCCCCGCAACCUCUGGUGCCGUCCAAGGACUCUGACCCCAGUGCAGUGUCUGUAGGGAAGAGGAGCCAUGGGGCUUCGGGCAGGCCCCAUCCUGCUUCUGCUGCUGUGGCUGCUGCCAGGGGCCCAUGGGGAUGUGCUGCCUUCAGAAUGCGGCCACUCCAAGGAGGCUGGGAGGAUUGUGGGAGGCCAAGACACCCAGGAAGGACGCUGGCCGUGGCAGGUUGGCCUGUGGUUGACCUCAGUGGGGCACGUAUGUGGGGGCUCCCUCAUCCACCCACGCUGGGUGCUCACGGCCGCCCACUGCUUCCUGAGGUCUAAGGAUCCCAGGCUCUACCAUGUUAAAGUCGGAGGGCUGACACCCUCCCUUUCAGAGCCCCACUCGGCCUUGGUGGCUGUGAGGAGGCUCCUGGUCCACUCCUCAUACCAUGGGACCACCACCAGCGGGGACAUUGCCCUGAUGGAGCUGGACUCCCCCUUGCAGGCCUCCCAGUUCAGCCCCAUCUGCCUCCCAGGACCUCAGACCCCCCUCGCCAUUGGGACCGUGUGCUGGGUAACGGGCUGGGGGUCCACCCAGGAGAGAGCCCUGGCGAGUGUCCUUCAGGAGGUGGCUGUGCCCCUCCUGGACUCGAACAUGUGUGAGCUGAUGUACCACCUAGGAGAGCCCAGCCUGGCUGGCCAGCGCCUCAUCCAGGACGACAUGCUCUGUGCUGGCUCUGUCCAGGGCAAGAAAGACUCCUGCCAGGGUGACUCCGGGGGGCCGCUGGUCUGCCCCAUCAAUGAUACGUGGAUCCAGGCCGGCAUUGUGAGCUGGGGAUUCGGCUGUGCCCGGCCUUUCCGGCCUGGUGUCUACACCCAGGUGCUGAGCUACACAGACUGGAUUCAGAGAACCCUGGCUGAAUCUCACUCAGGCAUGUCUGGGGACCGCCCAGGUGCCCCCGGGUCCCACUCAGGCACCUCCAGAUCCCACCUAGUGCUGCCGCUUGAGCUGUUGACCGUAUGCUUGCUUGGGUCCCUGUGAACCACGAGCCAUGGAGUCUGGGAUCCCCCUUCUGGUAGGAUUGAUGGAAUGUAAUAAUAAAAACUGUAAGUUUUUUUAACGUGUAU